UAUAAAUGUCGCAAUAUAAAAUUGUUUCAACACGUUUUAAAUCGAGUUGUAAAAUCUAAUAACAUUUUAGAGGAUUAAUUUGCGUUUUAACUGUCGGUUCAAGGAUAGCAGUAUCUCUAAAAAUGGCUAACAGUAUACAUGUACGAGGUAUGUUCGUACACAGUUCAGUAUGAAGUAAACAGUUCUUGUUUCAUCAUGGAUAUACCUGUUGUGACUGUGAAACAAGGAAAGCUACAAGGAAUCUUUGAAGAAAAUGUUCUCGGUUCUCAUUACCUCUCUUUCAAAGGCAUACCUUUUGCUGCUCCACCAGUGGGCCAGUUGAGAUUUAAGGAUCCCGAGCCUCCUGCUGCCUGGGAAGGUAUUCGAGACGCUUCCAAAAAUGCUGGCGACGUUUGUGCACAGUUUGAACAAGUGCCACCUCAAAAGAUUAUCGGUAGCGAAGACUGUCUGUACCUUAACGUUUAUGUACCGUACAAUGUCUAUCGAACGACAGGGAAUCCAGUUAUGGUAUGGAUUCAUGGUGGAAGCUAUGUGAUGGGUUCCGGCAACGACACUGCGAAACGAUCUGAUUACCUUACAGCAAAAGAUGUCAUUCUAGUAUCUAUAAACUACAGACUUGGUGCUCUUGGUUUCUUAAAUCUUGGUCACAAAGUAGCAAGUGGAAACCAAGGUCUGAAAGAUCAAGUUGCCGCACUGAAAUGGAUCAACGAAAAUAUCGAGGCAUUUGGUGGAGAUCCAAAUAACAUCACUAUUUUUGGCGUUAGUGCAGGUAGCAGUUCCACACACUUUCUAACGUUGUCACCGUUAGCUAAAGGUCUCUUCCACAAAGCUAUUCUUCAGAGUGGUAUAGUUACCUGUGAUUGGGCGAUGGUAAGAAGCCAGCCAGAAGUCAAUUCUUUUAAACUUGCGUCGAUACUUGGCAAUGAUUCUAAGGAUCCUGAAAAAGUUAUUGAAUUUCUUCAAACAGUACCCACCGUUGAAAUUGUCAAGGCACAACAUAAAGUUCUCACUCCAGAGGAAGCGCGCGUUCUUAAUAUCCCAUUUGGACCUACAAUCGACGAUAAAGCAAAAAGGCCGUUUCUUCCAUAUCCCAUCUCUCAGUUACUUGAUAACGACAAUAUACCAAUCAUGCUUGGUUACACUUCUCAUGAAUAUAUUAUGUUUAUGAAAGAUACUAGCGAAAUGACUUUGAAGACAAUGUAUGCGGAUCUACCACGUUACGUAGAAAAUUUUUCAAAUUUGCAAAACCCCCAAAAGAUAAUGCAGUUGACAGAACGAAUUAAACAGAGAUAUUUUCAAAAUAAACCAUUUACUGAAGAAAGUGUCCCAUCUAUUAUACGAUGCUUGAGUGACAUGCAUUUUAAUAUUCCUAUUAAUGAUUUUGUGGAUAAACGAAGAAAAAGGAAGCAAGUGCCGACUUAUUUGUAUAAAUUUUCUUAUGUUGGAAACCAAAUGACUGAGACGAAACUUAUGGGAAACCGAUUUACUACAAUCGGAGCUUCUCACACCGAUGAUAUGUCGUACCUUUUUUAUAUGCCUAAGUGUAAAAUUAAUGAUCCUAAACCGCCGGCAAUAGGUACAAAAGAUCGGAAGAUAUUAGAAAUUCUUACGAGAAUGUGGACCAAUUUUGCAAAGACCGGAAAUCCUACACCCGUCUUAGAUCAACAUGUAACUACUAUUUGGCCACCAGCAACAGCAGACACCUUUAAUUAUUUAAAUAUCGAUGAUACUUGUCAACUUUUAACUGUUACUGAUUGUGAUAGCAUAUUGCAAGAGUUGGAGCCAUAAAAAUUUUGCAAAAUAGUAUAUCAACUAAAUAUAUAAUAGUAUAUACCAUAUCAUAAUAUAAUAUACAUAUAGUAUAUCAACUAAAAAUGUAAAAUUUCCAAGAUUAUGUGUAUUUCAGAUACCUAUAUCAAUAAGAAUCUUAUAGUUGUACAUUUAAUAUGUGUGUGUGUGUGUGUAUGUGUAAAUGUAAAAUAUUUUUGUGUGAGUAUUAAUAUCAACAACUGGUAUAUAUAUAUUCUUUAUUUUUCUAUGUAAAUAACUUAUAGUAAUAAUACAGAUUGUUCGUCU